AUGGAGAUUGUACAACUUGCUAAGCUCGACGCCGAAGGCUCCUCAGACGGGCUUACCACACGGCACAAGUAUCGGACCACCGCAAGAUGGGGCUAUGGUAGCGUAGAAAAGGAGGCCGUAUGGAAGAGGGUGUCGGCCGUCGGCAGUGGUGGCUUUGGCACGGUGUACAAGGAAGAAGCUGUCUCGGGUGAGAUGGUUGGAGCAUUAAGAGCCGUCAAGAGUAUAUACAAGCCUUUGCUCCGACGUGCAGGUACGAUCAACUAUGAGAGAGAAUUGGAGGCAGUGGCGAGGUUUUCUCAGCAGAAGGCUAAUCAUCUGUGUCUGCCCUUGUUGAGCCGGCCUUAUGAGCUUUUCUUCGUGCUGUCAUAUGGAUGGUAUGACACCCCGAACGCCGUCCUGGUUGUCAUGGAGUUUGUGCAGCACGGGGAUCUUCAGCAACACCUGAGCUCGCCUUUACCGGAGCCAGAGGUACAGCAGAUCAUUAGACAGACUCUACAAGGAUUGGAAUACAUGCAUGACCUGGGGUAUGCUCACAGAGAUCUCAAGCCGCAGAACAUGCUCGUCUUCAGCAAGGCACCGCAUUGGCGGAUUAAACUUGCUGAUUUUGGCUUGAAUAAACGAAUUGUGGAAAAUGCCACGUUCUUGCGAACCGAUGCUGGCACACCAGCCUUCAAAGCGCCAGAGAUCUUUGGCUUUGCCUGCGACGACGAAGGGCUCAUCCGAUGA